AUGGCGGCGGCGCGCAAGCUCGUGGAGCUCUUCUACGACGUGGUGUCGCCCUACUCGUGGUUCGGCUUCGAGGUGCUGUGCCGGUACCAGCAUGUCUGGAACAUUGACCUGCGUUUGCGUCCAGCUUUUCUGGGUGGCAUAAUACACGCGACUGGUAACAAGGCCCCAGGAUUGUUGCCAAAGCGUGGUGAAUAUAUGCUGAAGGAUAUAGAAAGGAUGGGAAAAUAUUACCAAGUCCCUAUAAAAGUUUCAGCAGAACACCUUCAACGUUUACUUGGUAAAGUCCCACUCUCUCUUGGUGCCAUGCGUUUUCUCACAGCCAUUGAUAUGACACAACCCCAGUUUUUGGAACCUGUAUCUAGAGAAUUCUGGAUACGCUUUUGGUCACAGCAUGAAGAUAUCAACCAGCCAGCAAGUAUAUUGGCUGUUGCAGCACAAGCUGGGCUACCAUCAGAGCAAGCCCAAAAGCUUCUUGAAAUGGUUUCAUCCCCUGCAGUGAAGGACCGUCUAAGAGCAACAACAGAUGAUGCAAUGAAAUAUGGGGCUUUUGGGAUGCCUGCUACUGUGGUACAUCUUAAUGGAGAACAGCAUCACUUUUUUGGCAGUGAUCGUAUAGAGCUGCUGGGAAGUAUUAUAGGAGAAAAAUGGCUGGGACCAGUUCCUUCUCUUCCAAGCUCCAAGAUGUGAGACGUCCAAGGGAAAAACAUAAGGAGAAAUAAAUGUAUAUUGUGUGUUUGUGU